UAAUAAUGUGGAUAUCAAGCAUGAUGUAUUGCAGAUAUAUACGUAUUUUCAUUUAUUUUUUCUUGUCAACGCCUCUGUAUAAAUACAGCAGUUGGGUAUCUUCUACAACUGUUCCAUUUUAUCUUCAAUCUUCUUUCACUGGAUGCCUCUCAUAAUUAUCAUACAAUUUUUUUGAUUUUUUUUUUCCGAUUAAUUAUAGAUUUGAAGCAAAAUCAACAAUCAAUCUCGUUUUAGGACUCCUGGCUGAUUGUGGCUAAGAUAUAGACUAGUACUGCAUUGUAUUCAACACUUAUUGCUCCAGAUUUCUAGGACUGUUCACCAAUGAAAAUUAAUACUGCUCGUGAAGGUUUAUCAUUAAUUGCACUCUAGAGUGGCACAAGGAUCCUGUAGUUUUUCAUUCAAUAGUACUUACAACAUUGCAAGAAUCAGAAGAACCACUAGAAGAGACUUGGUAUAUUUCUUGGUGAGUAUGCUUACCGGAAAUUGUAGAUAUGGUUUUUUUUUGGUUUAUUUUGUCUCCAGAAGUGCCAUGAUAACUUAUUUAAUCUUACCUGUCUUGCUUGUGGAUGUGAAUUUGGAGAUAUCGAUCUCUGGUUCAUCUAUCCCUUCAUUUGAGAGCACACAUUAAUGCAUUCCUCUAUUUGUUGGGAUCUGGUCCCAAAGUAAACUUGUAAUUUUUUGACUAUUAUUGUUUGAUGUUACUGAUUUGUGGGAAGGCAUGAUAACAUAAUCAUGUACGAAGCCGAAAUGCAAUCUAUUUCCUCAACAAGAAAGAAAUAAUGAGAUGGCAAAACACUAUGUUGCUCGUACGGUCUGAAUAUGCUGCCAUACCCGUGUCGGACCCUCCAUAAAUGCACUACUAUUGGAGGAUCCAACACACACAUGUUGGCAUUUUCAAAGAGUCCGUGAAACACAGGAAAAAUAAGUUUGGUAUAUUUGGAACAGACAUAGAUUUUGUACUUCUGAUAAGAUGGACAAUUAUGCACUACGUUUAUCUUUUGGCAUGCAUGAGAUCGUUUUUCAUGUUGGCCAGUGUCCUGCAGAUACCGUAGAAUAUAGUGGCUUUUCUUUUAAACCUUUACAUACACACUGGUACAACACUUGAGUUAUAUGGAUUGGUGGAUGAUCCUAUACUCCAACUCAGUCGAAAUACUGUGGAUGUACUAUCUUUGUUUCUGUUGCAGGUUCAAAAAUUUUAAGGAAUUGGUUAUGUUUACCAUAUCGUGACUUCCUUUUGUUACCUUCAGUUUAGACAAUACUACUGCCAAAGAUGCUAAAUUCUCAUACGAAAAAAUAGUGUGCUGACUCUGGGAAAGAGCCUUUGAAAUACGGUGCAUGUUCUUAAUGGAGACUACAAAUCUGUUAGACACAUGGUACUAGCACUACAGAUCAUGUAUGUUCCAGAACUUGGUAUUUUUAUCUAGAUGUAGUUGUUAGAAGCAAUAGCCAAGUUAAUGAGUGCUUACAGAUUUCGAACACCAAACGUAUCAGAGGAGGCAUAAUGAGUGUGUUUGGUAUGAUGGAAAAUGUUCUCCGAGAAAAUAUUGCUUGAAAACAAGUGGAUUUCUUAUUUAUUUUCUAGUAAGCAAAAAAUAUUACCUCGACCAUUUCUAUGUACUCUACCAAACCAAUAUGAGGGUGGGACGGUGUGGGGAGUGAAGGGUUCGAUGGUCAAGGGGUGGGGAUCAGAGGUGUUGAGUGGCUGGGCCGGGUGGGGAGAAGACAAUUAACUUGGAAUGCCACUUAUGCCAACUUGUCUUCCCUUUUUCCUCAUUUUAAGGAAUUUAUUUUCUUAGAGAAAAUAUUUUCAUACAUUUUGACCGACCAGACAUGAGAAAUUGAAAAAUGUUUUCCUCCAAUACCAAACACACUCAAGAGGCUCCUUGUUGUUGGGUAGUUAGUUUAGGAUCAUGAAUCUUCCCUGCGUUCUUAACGCGUAUCAGGAUUCAUAGGCUAUUUCUUUUCUCUUUUGAUGUGUAUUGUGAUGGCGAGCGUGUAAUGUUAUAUAUAUUGCCCGGUUUGUUGAUAUGGAAGAGAAUGUCUGUGAAUUGACGGGUUGUGGUAUAUUUGACAUUACAUGGCUUAAUCAACUGAGCUUCUCCUCAUAAUUCAGGAUGCUUUUCUCUCAGCCUCAAACUCAUAAAGAGAUUCUUUCUUUAGGGCCUCCUUUCACCUUUCCUUAGCUAUGGUUAAACAAAUUACGACAGUGUUUUUUGUUUCUUCUGGCUAUGUUAUCCACCUCAACAAAGGCUCCUAGUUAAAGUAUAAUAGCAUGGAGGUGCAAGGGUGGAGGUCAACUCAGAACUGGAGAAUUUAAAAGAAGCUACACCUUGCAGCCCCUUUGGUAGUUUGGGAAGUGCGUAAGAACCUUAGAUAGUGCAAGUCAAUGCUCCCAGCAGCCCGGAAUAAUUGUAUUGUAAAUGUAGAGCUAGAAAGCUGCAGCUCUAUAAUAUUGGAUGUUUGCUUCUUAUCAAAGAACAUUGCUUGUGAUUGAUAGGUUCAUUAUUUGCACAAUCUCGUCAAUGAUAUAAUUUUAUAACUUGAGGAGUCGUGGUAUUUAAACAGUUUGUUUGCUGUUUGUCAUACUACAAAAUGUCCUAUUUCCAUAUUACUAGCUGUUGCAUUGAUCUGAUGGUUCCAUUGUUUUUUAGUAACACUUUAUAGUGUACGUAGAUGGCUAGUAGGAAACGAAGCAUGUCAAAUGAUGUAGAUAUGCAUGUCCUGUACAAGGAAUUGGAUGGAGCUUCAUGCCCUAUAUGCAUGGAUCAUCCACACAAUGCUGUUCUUCUCCUUUGUAGCUCUCAUGAUAAGGGAUGCCGGUCAUACAUUUGUGAUACAAGUUAUAGGCAUUCAAAUUGUCUGGAUCGUUUCAAAAAACUCAAAGCCGAAAAUAGGGACAAUCCUCCCACUAUGACACAGGGGAACCUGGAUAUUGCUGUUGAGAUACCCGCUGAACACUUGGAGCUGAGAAAUUUAAGUGAUCGUACUGUUGUUCACGGAUAUCACGAGAUACCUGCUGAUGAAGUUGUAGCAACUGGUGCAUUUCCUGGAGGAUCAGAAGAAAAUGGAAAUAGUAACAGAGAUAAUCGCAUGGAGAUGCAGGAAGGUGCUCUACAGACUUCGGAUGCUGUUACUGUUUGGGGAAGUAGUCAUGAAACAGUGAAUGCAGACAACUCAUCUGACUCAAUAUUGAAAUUGAAGUGUCCGAUGUGCCGUGGAGACGUAUUAGGUUGGAAGGUAGUGGAAGAAGCCAGAAAGUAUCUGAAUUUGAAGCAUAGAAGUUGCUCUCGUGAAUCAUGUUCAUUCCUUGGUAACUACAGGGAAUUGCGUCGGCAUGCUAGGAGAGAUCACCCCACAGCACGCCCUGCUGAUAUUGACCCUUUAAGACAGCGAGCUUGGAGACGGCUUGAGAAUCAGAGAGAGUACGAUGACAUUGUCAGUGCUGUUCGCUCAGCCAUGCCUGGUGCAGUUGUAUUUGGUGAUUAUGUGAUUGAGAAUGGAGACAGGCUGUCUGUUGAAAGGGAACGAGGCUCAGGUGCAAACGGAAGAUGGUUGAGUACCUUCUUCUUGUUUCAGAUGAUUGGCUCAAUGGAUCCAAUAUCUGAAGCAAGAGGUGGCAGGUCAAGAGCUUUGUCAAGGCACCGUCGAUCCACUGGACCUCUAUCUAGGCGCCGCUAUCCUUGGGGUGAAAACCUUCUUGGUCUACAAGACCACAACAAUAAUGAAGAUGAGGGUGAACCUGAUGUUAACAUAUUGAGUGGUGAUAUGUCUAAUAAUCCAAGAAGGCGCAGGCGGUUGAUGCGGUCUAGGUCAGAUGAAGAUCAGCAGUAAGACCCUCUAAUUCAUGGGAUUGGAUUAAUGGUCUGUACAGGAGGGGACUGUUUACACUAAGAUCAAUUGGAAGUUUCUUGUAUUCCACUCUGCUACAGAAAGAUAGAGUGCAAUUCUUGACAAAAUUUAGAAACUUGUGUGUUGGAUAUAAUAAUUUAAAGGGUGAAAACAGGGUGUCCCUGUGAUUGUGGGUGGUAGCUUCAGAAUGUAAAAUUUCCAUUUGGUCUUUGAUUUCCCUCAACUCUGAAACAUUGUUCAUCUUAUAUUGUAUUUUCAUUUCUUUAUGCUUUGAUUAUCUGUGCCAAGAAAGAGAAGAUAAAGUGAAAAAGCAUCUAGUCAA